CGGACAAUUUGCUUUCUGACAUCACUGGUUCCGUCCCAACACGGAAAUAUGGAAUAGGUAUAAGAAUGUGGACGAUGCUGUUGUCGUUGUAAGCAGAACUCUAUCUUUUCAUGUAUCUAUUACAGACUCCUGCGGAGCUCUUCAAAAGAGCAUUAGCGAUGUUAUAGGAGUCAGCUGUCGCGUUCUUCAUCACAGAUGGGUGCGCGUUGGAAAUUGAAAGAGUUUGACCUCUGUUAAUAGUUCUAAAGGCGCGUAAGUCUGUUGUCAAGUGCCAUGAAAGAGUCUGUUUUGGGGGCGACAAGGGCUGUGGGACGCCUGCUGAUCACCCUUCUCCUGCUGUCCUGGGACGGGACCUUGUUUCAGGUGGGAGGUGGGAGCUCAGUCACCCUUCCAGAGUCUUUGCUGUUCGUCUCCACCCUGGACGGCAGCCUGCACGCCGUCUCCAAGCAGUCUGGGGACAUCAAAUGGACCCUCAGAGAAGACCCCAUCAUUCAAGUCCCAAUCUACCUUCAGGAGCCAGGGUUCCUCCCCGAUCCCAGCGACGGCAGUCUGUACGUUCUGGAAGGCAAGCACAAGGAGGGCCUGAUGAAGCUGCCUUUCACCAUCCCAGAGCUGGUCCAGUCAGCCCCCUGCAAGAGCUCGGAUGGCAUCCUCUAUACGGGGAAGAAGCAGGAUGUGUGGUUUGUGGUGGAUCCUGAAACGGGGGAAAAGCAGACAAGCCUAACCACCUCCUCCUCCGAAUCCAUCUGUCCGAACACACCUCUUCUUUACAUAGGACGCACAGAGUACAUGAUCACCAUGUUUGACACCAAGACCCAGGAGCUACGGUGGAACGCCACGUACAACGACUACUCGGCGCCCCCCUAUGACGAGAAACAGGACUACAGGAUGGCUCAUCUUGUAUCCAGUGGUGACGGUCUGGUGGUUACAGUGGACAGAGAAACAGGUGAUGUCCUGUGGAGCCAGAACUACGGUUCCCCCGUGGUGGGGGUCUAUCUGUACUCGGGGGAGUCGCUGAGACACGCCCCCCACCUGUCCCUGGCCUUGGAGACGCUGCGCUACCUCACCUUCGCCUCGGCCAGCGACCAGGCGGACUCCCCCUCCACGCUGAAGUGGAGCUACCAGUUUGUGAAGGAGCAGGCCACUGCCCAGGCACAGCUUGUGCCUACCCUCUAUGUGGGCAAACUGGACUCCCGCCUGUAUGCAUCCACCUCAUUGGUCCAUCACGGAGUCCCCCUGGUGCCUCGGGGCCUGACCCUGGCCCGCAUCGAGGGCCCCAUCACGGCCGGCGUGACGCUGCGACAGAAAGGGGAGUGUGAGAGCAUGCCGUCCACCGACGUGCGCUAUCCCCACGGCAGCACCAACAGCCGGAACAACCACUGGCUGCUGAUAGGGCAUCACGAGCUGCCUCCGGUGGCUCACACCACCAUGCUGAGGGAUUUCCCCGUCAGCCUCCAGCGCUCCAGAGAGCCCUUCAUCCCCCCCCGGACCCCCGCCGCCUCCCACUACAACCAGCACUAUUUCGAGACUGCAUCUCAGGGCCAGGGUGAAGGGAACCAUGACGAUAUAGAGAAUGGGGUACGCACGCACGGGACGAAGGGGGUCCGGGGCAAACGGCCCUCCAGAAUACUGCCCUCCUCCCUGUCCGAGGACCCCCUGACUCUGGCAGUCCUCACCCUGCUGGUGGGGGGCUGGCUGGCCUUCGCUCUCACCUACCCCUCGCGCGCUGCCAAAGUUCAGAAGGUUCAAAGGCCGGGAGGCGACACGGAAACCUCAGAACCACUGAGAGACGACAGCCAGACGAAUACACACUCCUCUCCUCCCACCCACUCCAACUCCAGUAGCGAAUUCAAGGCAGCGUCUACUGAAUCUCUACCUGAGUCUCUGAUAAGCAGCAAUUCAGAUGCAGACAGCAGAAGCAGAACCACUGGACUCCCACAAACAACUGAAGUGGAAGGAGAUGAGGUCAACGUGGGGAAGAUCACCUUCAAGCCAUCUGAGGUUCUGGGACAUGGUUCAGCAGGAACUUUCGUCUUCAGGGGCCAUUUUGACGGCCGGCAAGUGGCGGUGAAGCGCAUCCUACCCGAGUGCUUCGAGGUGGCGGAGCGCGAAGUGCAGCUAUUAAGGGAGUCGGACACGCACCCCAACGUCAUCCGCUACUUCUGCACUGAGAGGGACCGGCUUUUCACCUACAUCGCCAUCGAGCUGUGUGCUGCCACUCUGCAACAGUAUGUGGAAGACCCAACCGGCUUCCCUGGGCUGAGUGCAGUGACUCUACUGGAGCAGACCAUGUGUGGCCUCUCUCACCUUCACUCUCUCAACAUAGUCCACCGGGACCUGAAGCCGAGGAACAUCCUGAUCUCGGGUCCCGGGCCGCUGGGCCGGGUCCGGGCCCUCAUCUCAGACUUUGGGCUGUGCAAGAAGAUGCUGGACGGUCGCUGCAGCUUCUCCAUGCGCUCAGGGAUCCCCGGGACUGAGGGAUGGAUCGCCCCCGAGGUGCUGCGAGAAGCUCCCGGAAACAACCCGACAGCAGCAGUGGAUGUGUUCUCAGCCGGCUGUGUCUUCUAUUAUGUGGUCAGCAGGGGGCAGCACCCCUUUGGCGAUGCACUGAGGCGUCAGGUCAACAUCCUGGCAGGAGAAUACACACUCUCACACUUCAUGGAGGAUAUGCAUGAUGAUGUCAUAGCUCGGGAUCUGAUCGAGCGAAUGAUAAGUGCAGCGCCGGAGUCCCGCCCCUCGACUUCCUGUGUGCUCAAACAUCCCUUCUUUUGGAUUCCUGAGAAGCAGCUACUGUUCUUCCAGGACGUGAGUGACCGUAUAGAGAAGGAACCAGGGGAGGGGGCUAUUGUGGUGAGGCUAGAGACCGCGGGCAGAGCGGUGGUUCGAACCAACUGGAGGAUGCACAUCUCUGUGCCUUUGCAGACGGAUCUGAGAAAGUUCCGGACUUACAAGGGGAACUCGGUCAGAGACCUUCUGAGGGCCAUGAGGAAUAAGAAGCACCACUAUCACGAGCUGCCCAAGGAGGUACAGGAGACCCUAGGCGAGGUUCCAGAAGGAUUUGUCGGUUACUUCACCUCGCGGUUUCCACGGUUACUGCUCCACACCCACAAUGCUUUGCACAUCUGCGCCCAUGAAAGACUAUUCCACCCUUACUAUUUGGCUCCUAUUGCCAAAUAGCAUUCACUAAUGGCCCCGGGCACAGUUCGAGUUUUACACUUCCUUGAAUGUUUUUGUACUACCAGAGGUUACAUGCGCAGUAUGUGUUUUAUUUUAACAAUCCUUGGAUUUUCAGAGAGUGAUUAAGGACUGGUGGGGGGAAAACCCACAUUGCACAUCAGGUAUGUUUUGGAAAUAAAGUUUAAAUUCCUCUGUUUCCAAGAGCACUCCACCAAGGGCGGAAUUUUAUAGCGGCUAUACAUUUUAUACAUUUGAGGUAUUUGCCCUUUUUACCCCUGACAAUAGUACUUUCUCUAAGGAAAAGACCUCUCUCAAACAGAGGGCAAAUGUGUCACGGUAUUGCCGACAUCAAACACGCUUUUAAUUUGAAAUAUUUCAGACGCAAAGUGUAUUGGGUGAUUUGCAUCUGCAUGGUAUUUGCGGCUCCACUUGUAUUGAAUGUAUUUUCAUUGUUAUUUUGGGGGCUCUUUGGUUACUGAUGGUAGUUGUUAUACACUGACCGAACCACAUGAAAAGACAAUUUUUUUUAUCAAUGACAAUAGGUUGAUGUUGUUUUUCUUACACUGAUGCCAGAGAAUGAGGGGAAUAGAAAUCUAUUGUUAUAUUUUGUGAUACCAACCAAUUUUUUAUUAAUGCUAAGCUUUAUACUCCAAAGUUUUAUGUACAUAGCUGUUACUAGUUGAUGUGAGCCUAUGUAGACCUAUGGAAAACCCUUUUGAUGAGAACUCAUCUGCACUGUACCGGUCCUAGGAAGGUGUCGAAUUUACGAAUGAAUGAAUGUGUCAUUUACUAGGGGUGGGAAUCUCUUGGCACCUCACGAUUCGAUUCGAUUCCGAUUAUGAGGUCAACUAUUCGAUUCUGAAGCGAUUAUCGAUGCAUGUCGAUGCAUCUCGAUGCAACAAUUUUUUUUAUGUACAUUUCCAUGCGUGAUUUUCAAAAAUAGAUACAUACGUCUGGGUUUGCUACUCAGAGUUUGCUAAUCACUUCCUACUUUUGUGAUGAUCAUUAAAGACAUCAACAGAUGAAUUAACUUAUCUAAUAUUUCACAAGAGAAAAAGCUUUUGUCACAAAUUUGACUUUCAAUGAACAAUGCAAUAAUCAAUGCAGCUUGCAUUAUAACACAUUAUGGAAGCAUGCAAAAAAAUAGGUUUCAGUUUUAUUUUAUUUCUAAUCUUUCUUUUCUAUGUCAUUAAAGGAAAAGCUGCUCUUGAAUCAGAAGGAGUUCGAUUGGCCAAUAGACACUGAAGAUAAAUUCAAUGAUUUUAAAAUUACAAAAAUUAUCCCUCUCUGGCAAACAGAAUGUUGCAGCAGGCAAAAAAAAAAAAUAAUAAUAAUAAUAUCUGCAUCGAGACAGAAUCGUUCUAGCGAGAAUCGCGAUGCAUCGAAGAAUCGAUUUUUUUUCCCACCCCUAUCAUUUACGCAGUUCUAUCAACACAUUUUUUGGAGUGAAUAAAUUGAUGCUCUAAUGAACCAACGUGUUAUUUUUUGGAUAAAAACUUUAUUUCAUCAUCAGGUUUGAUCGAUCGUUAUUUAGGAAAUAGAAGAAAAGGGCAUUUGCAAUCAAUUCUACAUUUUAUUAAUCAGAGCACUGAAUAACAGUUGCUAUAAUAAGAAAGACAGGGUUAGAUCUUUUGAUUACAGUGGAUUAUAUUCUCAUCAUGUAACACAGACAGAGGUUCUCAGGAAAUACAGAAAUCUCCAAAUCUUAGAUUAGCACUCUUUCAGAUUACCAUUGCAGUGAUUCCUUAAAGCACAUUCUCAACUUUUUCUACAAUUACAAUUGUUGCUGCUAUCACCAAAUCAUCAAAUAGCUUUCAUAACCCCCAACACCGCCAAAUGUAGUUUAUUAUUUCGAUCAAAUAGCAAUUAAUGACAUGAAUGAAAACUCCAGCCAAAACCGAGAGAUGACAAAGCAAACACAUACUAGGUAUGCGUUCAUGGCACUGGUGUAGUUAUCUCAGUUGGAACUGGGAGUGUAGAAUUUGCAACAGCGAGGUUGCGAUUUAGGGCUGGGGGUACCUGUAAGAGAAGAAAACCCUUCCUCUCCUACCAAUUCUGCAGCUAUGUGACCGGCUCACUAUCGAUCUCACUAUAUGAACUCUGCAACCUCCCAAAUAAUCAUCUCCGCCUCUAAACCCGCCGUCACUGUCCCAAACCUGCAGGCUCAGGUAGAUCGGCCGCAACUGCGAAGCAAAACUUAGAGUCUGCCACCAGUACGGGUCGUUGUUGUUCCGGAUGGUGCGAGUCUCGAGAGUGGUCCCUCCAGCGGUCACCUAAAUGAAACAAUGCAAACGAUGUCCGACAGACAAUUUCAGCCACACCCACUAAUGGAGAUAGACAAUCCACCGACUUUUACUCGUUUGGUAACAUUUGAGAGCAGAAGCAGCCCUGGUUCUUACCUUGACGUAGCCGUCAGUCCUACCGAACCAGCCGUCCCCACGGAGGCCGUUUGCAUGGCUCAAGGUCACGCUCAGAACUGUCUUGCUUAAAACCGGGGAUGGAGCCAGAAUGCUGAGGCCCAGGGCUGAAGCCAGCACGGUGAGGAACAGGAGGAGGCAUAGGCUCAGCUUCAUCUUUCCUCAAUGACGCUGGUGGUGUAAGGGUGUAAGAGAGAUGAUGAGGAAAAAAGAUUGGGGUCAAAAUGAUCAGGAAUCCUAUAAAGCAUUCUGAGCAGCAAUGUUUCUAUUUCAAGAUAUAUUUAAUAAUUAAUAGAUGAGUUAAUUUAUCUCAGGUAAUUCAACACAUUAAGAUGACUAGUCAAGCUAACCUGACUGACUUUAAUGGAGAACAGAAAUUUUAAGGAGAAUAUAUUGGCUGCAUUGUUCACGGAGAAAGCCAAUACCUUGACAAUGGCUCCUGAACUCUGAUGAGAUAUCAUGGUCGAUAUAUGGAUACAUUUGUUACAUAUUGUAGCCUACCAGUCUGCAAAAAAAAUGCUUAAAUUAUAUGACAAACGUUGACUCACCUGGUAAUGGCUUCUCUCAAUGUUUGAUGCCCUGCUGUUCUCCACUGCUUUUAUGCUUAAAGGAACAAGGAAAUAACCGUAAAUGCCCAGUUUGAUCCUCCUAUUCUAAUUAGUAGUUCAACUUGUUCAUCAGGUUAGGUAGCCAGCCAUCUGAUUAUUUCUGAUGAAGUUGGCUACAAGACUCUUAUCUUGUGAAAGUGUGUUUUGAACAGAAUUGUAUCAGUGAUGGGGGGUAGGCCUAAACAUCUUGGAUGAUAUAGAUAGGAAAUAUGUACGCUUUUCAAAUGUAUCCAUCUCUGCCUCUGUGUAAAGAAUAGCGGAUCAACCAAACCUCAGUGGUUUUUAACUCGUAUAUAUCGAUUAUUAUAUUCAUGCAUGAUUCUUCAAACACAAAUAUAAUGAAACACAAAUUUCUUAUUACUUGUACUUAAAAACUGUGUGUGAAGUACACACACAGUUUAAAAAGGUGUAUUGGAAACCAAUGAGGAGCCAAUUACCCAAUUAUUGAAUGUUUUUGUACUACCAGAGGUUACAUGCGCAGUAUGUGUUUUAUUUUAACAAUCCUUGGAUUUUCAGAGAGUGAUUAAGGACUGGUGGGGGGAAAACCCACAUUGCACAUCAGGUAUGUUUUGGAAAUAAAGUUUAAAUUUCUCAGAUUCCAAGAGCACUCCACCAAGGGCGGAAUUUUAUAGCGGCUAUCCAUUUUAUACAUUUGAGGUAUUUGCCCUUUUUACCCCUGACAAUAGUACUUUCUCUAAGGAAAAGACCUCUCUCAAACAUUUUAAGGAGCACAUAUUGGCUGCAUUGUUCACGGAGAAAGCCAAUACCUUGACAAUGGCUCCUGAACUCUGAUGAGAUAUCAUGGUCGAUAUAUGGAUACAUUUGUUACAUAUUGUAGCCUACCAGUCUGCAAAAAAACAUGCUUAAAUUAUAUGAUAAACGUUGACUCAUCUGGUAAUGGCUUCUCUCAAUGUUUGAUGCCCUGCUGUUCUCCACUGCUUUUAUUCUUAAAGGAACAAGGAAAUAACCGUAAAUGCCCAGUU